GGCUGAUCCAAGAAAUGCAUUGCGUUCUGUUCUAUAUUGUUCCACCGGACUACAUUAAAAUUUUUUCUCGAUUUCACUUAAGCUCAAACAUCUGUUCUAUUUUAAAUGUAGUGUAAACCAGUUCAGCUAUAAAAAAUAGAUAUAUGAUCAUUAUACGAUUUUUGUUCUUUAUAUUAUCUGGUAUAUUAUCGUGAUGUUUCUCUCAAUUUCAGAAUUGAAUUCAGAAAUAUUAGAUGUAUCAUUUUAUCCUUGUUGUUUAGCAAGUAUUAAAUAAAAAUAAAAUGAUAGUGAGUGUACUCGGAUAUUUCUGAACUCCAGUUCGAUUGGGCAACUUAAGUUAGGUUAAGUUAUCAUCGGCGCAUGCAACGUGUGUUUGAAUAUGCCAAAGACUUGUAGAUUUAUGCAACAACGUGUCUAUCUUUAUUUAUUAUAAAUUUGUCGAAUAAAUUAAAAAAAUGAAUAACGAAGAAGGAGGAUGUUCGAAUGAAGAAGAGAACGAAUUCUACUUCGAAUCCGAUCAUUUAGCAUUAAAGGGUAAUAAAGAUUACAGUGCUUUCCUCAAAACAAUAGUUAUUCUCGAGGCUCAAAGGAUUCAAGCCAUAAAAGAUCUGGAUAAGCUUAUGUCCGUGCAAGACAAGGCAUUGAAAGAUCCGAUAUCGUUCGUGGCACAGUUGCAGAACGGUGACCUUCCAGAGCUACCUGGUCCACAGAAGAUCCCAGAAAUUCCAUACGUUGAUUGGUCAAAAUAUAAUAUAGCUUUGCCAGAUGCACGCAUGAGACCACAAACUCGACAUGGGCACAUAUUGCCUCAAGUGCAAUUAAAAAAUGAAUCAGAUAAUGGGAAGAUUUUAGUCAGAGGUCGUGCUUUCGAUGAAACUAAGCCUGAGACCUUCAAUCAAUUAUGGACAGUAGAGGAGCAAAGGCGACUUGAAGAACUUCUUAUUGAAUAUCCACCUGAAGAAGUAGAAAUGAGACGUUGGACAAAGAUAGCAAAUGCAUUAGGAAAUCGAACGCCUAAACAAGUAUGCAGUAGAGUUCAGAAGUACUUUAUCAAACUUUUAAAAGCAGGUUUGCCUAUUCCAGGCAGAGGACCUAAGGUAAAAUUGGAUGUCAGGAGAAAUUUAACUCAUAAGCAACGUCACAAUCAUUUGUUAUUCAAACGUUCGACCUUUUUCCCACAUCAAGAUAUUCCUUUUAAUUCUGAUGAAAGUAAAGAACAGCCUGUAGCAGAGGAGUCUGAGGAUGAUAUAAAUGGAGGAGGUGACGAUAAUUCCGAAUUAAGGCAGAUAAAUUUAUUGCGUCAAGUAAAGGCUGAAAAGGAACAAGACCCUUCUUCUGCAUACAAACAUGUGGGAUAUAAAUGUACAGUGUGUGAUGAAGAACCUUUAAAAGGUACCAGAUGGCAUUGUACAGAAUGCCACAGAGGAGUUGAUCUAUGUGGUGAUUGUGCGGUAGCGCAAUUGGAAACAGAAAAUCCCACACAUGAUCCAUCUCACAAAUUAAUUCCCAUCAAACCACCGCCAUGUGCCAGAAAGUAUGACUUAGAUUAUUUCCCACAAAAUUUUAGUAACUCUUCCUACAAUUAUCUUGAUCCAAACUUUUUACCCGAAUAGUUCAAAUAAAUAAAUUUCUUUCAAGAUACAAACGUACAAAUACACGAAA